GACUAUGCCCAUUUUUUCCCCUUUCAGGAUGCUGCCUUAUGGCUGUUUAGCGACAGGAGACCGCUCUGGCCUCAUUGAAGUUGUGAGCACCUCUGAAACAAUUGCUGACAUUCAGCUGAACAGUAGCAAUGUGGCUGCUGCAGCAGCCUUCAACAAAGAUGCCCUUCUGAACUGGCUUAAAGAAUACAAUUCUGGGGAUGACCUAGACCGAGCCAUUGAGGAGUUUACCUUGUCCUGUGCCGGCUACUGUGUAGCUUCUUAUGUCCUUGGGAUUGGUGAUAGACACAGUGACAACAUCAUGGUCAAAAAAACCGGCCAGCUCUUCCACAUUGACUUUGGACAUAUUCUUGGAAAUUUCAAGUCUAAAUUUGGCAUUAAAAGAGAACGGGUGCCUUUUAUUCUUACCUAUGAUUUCAUUCAUGUGAUUCAACAAGGAAAAACAGGAAACACAGAGAAGUUUGGCCGCUUCCGCCAGUGUUGUGAGGAUGCAUAUCUGAUUUUACGACGGCACGGGAAUCUCUUCAUCACUCUUUUUGCACUGAUGUUGACUGCAGGGCUUCCUGAGCUCACAUCAGUCAAGGAUAUACAGUAUCUUAAGGACUCUCUUGCCUUAGGGAAGAGUGAAGAAGAAGCACUCAAGCAAUUUAAGCAAAAAUUUGAUGAGGCACUCAGGGAAAGCUGGACUACUAAAGUGAACUGGAUGGCCCACACAGUUCGGAAAGACUACAGAUCUUAAUGAUCAGCCUUUGCUCCUAAUGUAUUUGUUGGUUUUGUUUAGUUGUCAGUUUGCACUUGCACUAAAUUGAACAUGACCCUGCCAGAGAUGUUAUAAAGGGAAUGAAAUCCUGGAACUCAGUUAAAUUAAGAACAAGGCAUCCCACAGAACCUAAUCUGAACAAUCCCCGAUGACCACCCUCUGCUUUAUUGAAUGCUUCCAAGAUUCAUCAUGAAAACUCCCAACAUAAUGGAUAAUCAUUUCCUGCUGACUUUGCACGCCGAAGAAUGCUACUAGAGAUUAUUUUCUGUCUUCUUCUUCUUCUUCUUUUUUUUUAAGUAUUUGGUACUUUUCCAGAAAGGUGUAAAUACUUCUUUUUGUAUUGUGACCAAGUGUUAUCACUCAGCCAACUUAUCCACACCUGGGGACUGGUAGUUGUUCUUACUUUCCAAAUGAGGCUUAAAAGAAAGGUAUCUUUCUUCCCUUUUUAAAUUACAUCAACUAUAAAUUAUAACAUAAUUUGAAAUUAUGGUUAUUUUUCAAAGGAAAUCUUGAAAGCUGUGGAAAGAUUAACUCUUUUGUUGAUAUUUAUCUACUAUGACAGCAUCAUUCCUACCAGACUUGGUGAAAAUCUACUCGUGAGGCAAAUAUAAUAUAUAUGCUGCAUAUAUAUUUAUAAAAUUUCUAGUGGGAGUUCUAUAUAAAAAGACAUUUCUUUGUUUUUUUCCGUCUGUGUUUUUAAGUUUUACAAAAAGCAGAGCUUUUCCCUAAGUUACUUUUUUAGUUAACUAUAUGAGAUCCAGUUCUUCCAGUUGCUUCUGUAGUGAGGCACAUAGUAAUUUCAGUUUUUACAUGGUAUCUAUGAAAGAGUUCACUUCAUAGAGCAUAAUACUUGAGCAAACGCAUCCAAGACAGAAAGCAAAUGAAAAGAAACUAUUUAUGGAAUCCUCUCCAGACCUAAAAUUCAGUAUUUUAGUAAAAUGCCAGCUGUUCUUACUGUAUUUAUUAAAACUUAUAAUAAUGUGAUUUUUUUCAAGGAUAUUAGUUCAGAUUGAAAUGGUUUCAUGCCACAUGGAAUUCUUUAAUUUAUUUGUUGAGGUACCAUACAUUUAGGGUGCUAGAUGGCCAAUAAUGUUAACAUGUGCAAUAAGAACUACUGGUUUGAAUGUGUAAAUGGAUGCUCUUUCUGAGUACUGGCAAUAUCCAGCAAAACUACUGCUUUUUCUCCAAAGACUUUUGGGAGCUCUCAAUCCUCAGUGACAUGAGAAAGAGAACCGAGUAUUUACCCUGUGACUGAGUUUUCUAUAGGAAUUUUAUUAAAGAUUGUUUAAUUUUGUUGUUUUCCUUCAUGUUCUCAGUCAAAUAAAUGGGUGAGCUGGUUUCAGCUGCUCUUGGGACGUGUGGGCUGCUUCUUUGUGGACAGCACAGGCCUUUAGAUCUCAGCACUGAGACUCUAAGAAAUGGUCAAUAAAUAAAUCAAUCUGAGAAGUAGGCUGAGGCUCAUAGUCUCUUCUCUGACUUCUCUCUCUGCUUCCCAGCCCCAGCAGGCAGUGUGGGAGGCCUCUUGGACUUCGGUCGGAGCCUGAAGCUCAUCAAGUUUUCAUAUCUUUUCGAGGUACCCUGAGACUGGGGAGAAUGCCCCUUCAGUGACUCAAUACCCAAGCCGAGGCCAGACUAUAGCCACUUUGUAGCUCUCUUCCAUGGGGCAGAUGUUCAGAACAAGUCAUAGUUUCUUAGAAAAUAAGUCAGCUAAGGAUGGAGAUUGACCUCUGAACUGACCAUUCCCAGGGCUGGUCCAGACUCAGUGAGAAUUCUAGGAAUAGGACUCUGGAAGGAUAGAUUUGUUCAAGGAUCUUUGUCCAAUAGCAGUCUACCUUUACAUGCACUAGGUCUCGCAGGUCAGGGGUUUGGAGACUGGUGAACAUUGCCAGCACCACUAUUUCUAGAGGAGUCUCCUCAGCCCCUAGGGAGCCUUGGUAAAUAUAUGCCAAGUCAGUGAAUGUGAAUGUCAAGAGUAAGAAAGGGAAAUGAACCUCCCUGGAUAGUCCUGGGCCUGAGCCCAGGAUGGCCCUGUACUCCUCUCCACGGUCUCUGCCAUAAGCCCCUCAAAGAUAACUAGGACACUGUGACACAGUAGGCCUCUGUAGCUGCUGACCACUCCUAACAGGUGCUCCUUACAUACUUACUGAAUUGCAUAUUUCUGAUUCUCAGGUUCUGGCAGAGCCAGAGAAGAGGAGGUAGAAGGCAGAGGAAAGCAGUCUAAAGGUCUGGGCUGCAGGAUGAGCUUGUUGCAUGGGGGCUGGUUAUCUAGUACCUUGGCUGUUAAGUGCUCUGGUCAACAAUAAAUCUUAGCCCAAAACACUUGGCUCCUUGUCUUUUGGUCCUUUCCCAAGUUUAUCCAAAACAGUGUUUUGGAAACCCUAUGCAUUUCCAUACUUGAGGGCAGCCUCUGUGUCUGCCUGGGUCUGGGUAGACAAAGGAUGCCUUUGUUGAACAAGUAAUUCCUGAGUAUUAACCUCAUAUGUCUAUAGGCAGACACUGGGCUGCAGAGACGAGUAUUUGCAAUCCAGUUCUUCCUCUGUGACCCGUGAGUAAGAUAUUUUAUUUCUCAGGGUCUGAGCAUCCUAGUUUGUAAAGUGGGACUGAUAAUAACUGCCCUACUCAUUUCUGUGUGGUGGGGAGAGGCUAGGUUAAGACCUUGAAUGAGAACAUAGGCUGAGUCCCAGUUCAGAGGCAAACUCCUUCCUUUCCCUGCUUCCCCCACUUGAAAGCCACUAAAAGGAAUCUCAGGGAAGGAAAGCCCCUUCCAGAGCUCUAUCCCUACCUCCUGUCUGAGAAGGUCUGCAGUGUCUUCUCAGUUCUGCCUUGUCCAGCCCAUAGCCCUAUUAGCACCAGACCAGUCAGGCACCCUGUAAUGCAGAGGUCACUUGUGUACAGAAGGUAAAAGACUGGUCCAUGGGGUGGAGAGCAGAGAGGGACCAUGCCAUGUGACCCUGACUGUUGGGAAUGGGCAGCUUUUCAAAAAGGAGGGGGCAAGUGCUAGGGUUUCUUGGAGCAGAGGGCCUCUGGGCUGAGUCUUCAAGGACAGAUAGAAGCUAGGUGAAGGGGUGAUAGGUAAGACUAAGGAAGGUACAGCAUGUUAGAAAGGCUUGGAGGGGAGGAAAAACGGGGCCCAUGGGCACUAACAGGCUCAACAGUUAUUUCUUUGCCUCUGCCUCUUCCCCUUCCUCCACUCCAGAAUGCUGCACUUCUCAGGGAUCCAGACAGGAUCUAAACUUUAGUCAUGUCAUCCUGGAGCCUCUUCCUCUCUCACUGCGGCAGUUUUAUCCCCUUGUCUGAUGAUGGAAAAAGUGUCUGACAUCACCUUCUGGGCUAUUCCUGCUCUAAAAUGUGUAACUAAUGUAUUUUUGGAACUCAGGGUUCCUUUCCACUCUGAGUAAAGCCUGGGUUCAACACUCAGAAAAGUCUGCCCUUUGAAACUCCCAACUUUUUUAUAUUGUGAGAAAUGGCACAUAAAGUAUAUAAAACAAUAAGGCAUAUAAACAGGCUUAGCAAAUACUCUAGAGCAGACAUGCAGAAAACCAUCGCAUAGGUCCAGAAGGAACAUUGCCAACACUUCAGAAGCCCCACCAGUUCCCCUUUCUGGUCAGGACUCCCUCCUCUCUGCCAGCGUAAUCACUGUCUCUUCUUUGAUGGCAAUCAUCUUAUUUCCUUACUUUACAGUUAUGGGUCAGGCUUCUUUUGCUCAACAUUAUGUCUUUAAAAGAUUCAGCCAUGUGGUGGCAUCAUUAUCAUCACCACACAAUAUUCUGUCUUACGGAGAUCCUAUGAUUUAUGUAUCCUUUCUACUGUUGGAACACAUACAUGUAGUUUCUAGUUUUGAGGCUAUUACAAAUAAAUGCUGCUAUGAUGAUUAUAAUUUAUCUGCUGAUUCACAGAUGUAUAUAUUUCCUUGGAUGUAUAUACUUAAGAUUAAAAUUAAUUGGUCAUAGGAUUAUGCAUAUCUUUAUUUUGACUAAGUAAUGCUAAAAUAAGUGGUUGUGCCAACUUACUCUUCCUCCAAUACUUAACUCUUGUCACUCCAUAUUUUCACCAGUACCCAGUUAGCCAACAUUUUAAAAACUUUAGUCAUUCUGAUGUGUGAGGUGAAAAAAUUUGCAUUUUUUAAUUAGUAAUGAGAUUAAAUUGCCUUUUCAUGUUUUUGUUCAUUUCAGUUUUCUGCUUUGUGACGUGCCUUCUUAAGUCCUUUGUCCAUGUAUUUAUUUGGAUACCUGCCAUUUGGGUUUUUUUGUUCUGAGGAGGGUUUUGUUUUUAAUACUGCUUUUUGUUUUUUGUUAUGUGAAAUUAUGUAUUGUGUGUACAAGCCUUUUGUCAGUCACGUGUUGAAAAUAUCUUUUCCACCCA